AGCUCUUUAAGUGAGAAGGUAAGGAAGUAAAGCACAUAACUUUACCCCAGUAUUGCAACUUACUGCAAUUGAAUUAAAACAUUAACCCUAUCAACAGGGUGGGUGCUUAAUCUUGAAAAGAAGACUUAUAUCGGAUUCUGCGUUUUCUUUUCCAAAGCAGUGAAUCCCCUAAUACUGCAAGAUGAAGGUCUGGAGAGAUGCGGGUCUUACCUACAUCCAUUAUUCCAACAUCGCAGCCCGCGUGGUGCGAGAGGCCCUCCGAGUUGAGCUCCGUGCGGAAGCCGCCAAGCGAAACAUCAGCCAUGUGAAGUUCACUCCUUGGGAGAACGGAAGGCCUGUGCCGCGCAAGAAGGAAGCACGCGAAUCCGAAUCUUAGGAGCCAUGUGCACCAUGUUUCAUCCAAUAUAUCAGCAGCUGUCAUGAUUCUACAACAAUAAUAAAAUCAAUUUAUAUCAUUUAAAAAAAUAA